GUGCACUCGACCUUGCAGUUUGUGAAAAUGGCCGAGACGCGGACCGAUGUGCUGGCCAAGCUGCCGCAGCUCCAGAACAUGGUCAAGCGCGACCCCGACGCGUACAAGGAUGAGUUUAUGAUGCAGUUCCGCCAUUACCAGAGCGAGCUCGCCAUCUUCCGCCUCCAGCCCAGCAAGGAGUCGGAGCAUUUUGGCGCGCUCGUCUCGUUCCUCUCGCACGUCGCGACAUGCUACCCGGCCGAGCUCGCGUCGUUUCCGACCGACCUCAUCUCGCUCCUCGAGAAGCACUCGAACGUCUUGGAGGCGACGCUCCGCAAGACGCUCGUCCAGUCGCUCAUCCUCAUGCGCAACCGGAACAUCGUCGACGCGCUCGUGCUGCUCAAGCUCUUCUUUGAGCUCUUCCGGUGCCCGGACAAGCGCCUCCGCGAGAUCCUCUACUCGCACAUCGUGUACGAUCUCAAGCGCAUGCACAACGAUGGCGGCGGCCGCAACGACAAGGUCAUGCGCGGCCUCCAGUCGUUCCUGUACGGCAUGGUCGCCGACGACAACGAGAUUGCGGCCAUCAAGUCGCUCCACGUGCUCAUCUCGCUCUACCGCAAGAAGAUCUGGUGCGACGCGCGGACGGUCAACUGCAUUGCGUCGGCGUGCACGUCGCCGACGACGCGUGUCAUGGUGACCGCGAUCCAGUUCUUCCUUGGCAUCGACACGGACAUCCUCGAAGACGACGAGGCCGAGAAGGAGAAGGUCAAGGAACAAGUCGAGGUCAACUACCACUCGCACUCGAAGAAGACGAAGAAGCGCCACAAUGCGACCAAGGCGCAGCUGGUCAAGAACCGCAAGGCCCGCAACCGCGACGCUGACAACCAGUACACGUUCCCGGCGCUGGAUCUUCUUCACGAUCCGCAAGGCAUGGCCGAGCGCCAGCUCAAGUUGCUCAAGGCCUCGAACGACCGGUUCGAAGUGCGCUUGCUCAUGAUGGACUUUAUCGGGCGCCUCAUUGGCCAGCACAAGCUGAUUGUGCUGCCGUUCUACCCGCUGCUGCAGCGGUACCUCACGGCGCAUCAGCAAAACGUGACGCAGAUCCUCGCGUACCUCGUGCAGGCGUGUCACGAUGACAUUCCGCCCGAGGAGAUCAUGCCGAUCGUGCGCACGAUUGCCAACUCGUUCAUUGUCGAGCGCUGCUCGUCCGAGGUCAUUGCCGUUGGUAUCAACUCGGUGCGCGAGAUCUUUGCCCGCAUUCCGCUCGUCAUGGAAGAGGAAGGCAUGGACGCGCUGCUCCAGGACCUCAUCAUGUUUAACAAGAGCCGCGACAAGACGACCGUCAUCGCGGCGCGCGGUGUCCUCAACCUCGUGCGUGAGCUCCACCCGAGCCUCCUCAAGCGCAAGGACCGCGGCAAGUUCCACGAUGCCGCCGCGCGCCCCAAGGCCUUUGGCGAACUCCGUGCACUCGAAGGUGUCGAAGGUGCCGAGCUCCUCAUGCAGGCCGAGGCGGCUGGCCGCUUUGACGAAGAAGACAACGAAGACGGCUGGGCGCUCGAUGAAGAGGCGCUGGACGCCGGCGAAGAGUCGGAGGACGGCUGGGUCAACCUCGAAGACGAAGACAGUGACGGGUUGCACUCGGACACUGAGUCGGAAGGCGAAGAGAACGAAGACGGCGAGGGUGACGAGGAAGACGAACCGAUGGCGGUCGUGCCGCAGUCGCAGCGCAUCGACGCGCAGCGUAUUCUGACGCCCAAGGAUUUCGAGCGCAUCGAGAUGCUCAAGAAGGAGGCGGUCGAGGCGGCCAAGGACCCCAAGAGCCGCCGAAAGCGCAAGGCCGAAGAGGUCGAGAAGAAGUCGCUGGACGCCAACCACGCCAAGGUCGACCCGAUGUCGCUCGAAGGCUACUCGAAGAAGAAGCGCCAGACGCAGGAAGAGCGUCUCCGGUCGGUGCUGGAAGGCCGCGAGAACUUUGCCCACCGCAAGAGCGGCGGCGGUACCACGAACCGCGAGAAGGCGCGUCUCAAGAACUUUCUCAUGCUCAAGAAGAGUCGCAAGGUGCAGUCCAAGGUGCUCAAGUCGACGCGCGAGAUCCAGCACAUUGCCAACAAGACGGUCAAGACGGUCACGAAGCGCGACUCGAAGAAGCGGCGACGCACGUAAGUCGUCGGCGUGCACGAUGCCAACGACAACUUUUAACUUUCUAAACAUCAUCAAUAUACUACUACAACUGCCGUACUCGA